AUGUUGAUACAACAACAUGGCGUGGGGUCUUGGGGAUAUUUUGUUGCUGCUGUUGUUCGUGAAUCAAACUCAGGCCACCCGUUUUGCUUGAAUGUGAUUGCCAACCAUCUGUCGCUGUCAUGGCAGGGGGUUAGAGGUUGGAAAUCCGUUUUGUUACAUUUUGCUUUCAUCCGGUCAAAGUUUUUCCUGUCUUCCUUUCAUUUUCUUUCUUUCUUUCUUUCUUUCUUUCUUUCUUUCUUUCUUUCUUUCUUUCUUUCUUUUUUCCGAUGCAGUCUUACCAUCUGUCAUUGUCGGGAGAGGUUGAGGGAGACAAAAACUGAUGCCGUGAACAGUGAACCCCCAGAAUUCGUAAGGUGCGAGCGUGUUGUCCGAUGGGAAAAAGCUAGACGUGUGAAAUUAUUCCGUUUCUCUCUUCACCCACCCACUUACUUCGCAUCCAUUUUAGGAGCCUACGUAAAUGGAUAUCUAUCUAUCUAUCUAUCUAUCUAUCUAUCUAUCUAUCUAUCUAUCUAUCUUCCAUGUUCAAAUCAAUAUUAG